AAGAGCAGAAAAAACUCAUGGAAGAGAAAAGAAGCCAAGUUGUGCUUUUGGGAGUUUGGGCAAGCGGCCCUUGCACAAGGGUUGCGCUAGCCCUUAAACUUAAGGGCAUACCUUACAAAUACGUGGAGGAAGAUUUAACAAAUAAAAGUGAGUUGCUGCUGAAGAACAAUCCUCUCCACAAGAAGGUUCCAGUGCUCUUGCAUAAUGAUAAAGCAAUAGCUGAGUCACCUGUCAUCUUGGAAUACAUCGAUGAGAUUUGGGAUCAAAACCCAAAACUCUUGCCUCAUGAUCCUUAUCAAAAGGCAAAAGUUCGUUUCUGGGUCAAUUAUUUUGAUCAAAAGAUCCCUCCAGCUAUCUACCCCAUCUUCUUUCUUAUCAAGAGGAGAAGAAAGAAAGAAAGAAAGCAAUUGAGAAUUUGAAUGAGAUGAUUAGAGUCUUUUAUGAAGGAGUGAAGAAAGAUUUUGCAGAGGAAUUCCCUUAUUGUGGGGGUAAGUCCUUGGGGCUACUGGAUAUUGCGGUGGGAGCUCUUGCUUGCAACUACAAGGUUCUCAAUGAUGCCUUGGGAAUGGAGGUGAUUCAACGCCACAUGAACUCAGAGUUCUUGACAUGGAUGGAUGCCCUCAAGAAACAUCCUCUGAUGAAGGAGACAUUGCCUCCUCAUGAGAAGCUUGUGGCCAAAUUCAUAGAGAAAUUUGGUCCUAUCAACUAGUUUUUGGCUUGUUUUUGCAUCAACUUAUUUUAAGUGCUCCCAAACAAGCAUGAUUAAUAUAUCUACUCCAAA